AUGGCAGCCACAUAUGGGGACCUACGGCACUUGCUACCGGGCAAUUAUAAGCGCCUGAUUACCUCCUGGCUGGAGGAGGAUUGUCCGAGUUUUGAUUAUGGCGGCUUUGUCGUCGGCGAGUCGGAGAGUGAGGCGCGGCUAUUGGGGAAGAGUAAGGGGAUUAUUGCCGGUAUCCCGUUCUUCGAUGAGGUCUUCUCGCAACUCGGUUGUUCAAUCGAAUGGCACAUUAAGGAAGGUGAAUCUAUCUCCCUACCAACUCACCACUGCGCAACCGUCCGCGGACCAAUCCGCAGUAUCCUCCUCGGCGAACGCGUCGCUCUGAACAUCCUAGCCCGCUGCUCCGGAAUCGCCUCCAAAAGCGCUUCGAUGCUCGCCGCUCUCCGCGCACAAGGCUGGGAAGGUACAUUGGCCGGCACGCGCAAAACAACGCCUGGAUUCCGGGUCGUGGAGAAAUACGGUAUUCUCGUUGGCGGUGCGGAUCCCCAUCGUCAUGAUCUGAGCCAUAUGACCAUGUUGAAGGAUAACCAUGUUUGGGCCUGUGCGAAUAAUCGCUCUGCGGCCGAUGGAGGUGUUGAUGAUCCUUCUUCAAUUGAUUCUAUUGCCGCGGCCAUUCCGAGGGCUGUGCAGGCUGCCAAGAGUGCUGGUGGCUUUGCUACGAAGGUUGAGGUUGAAUGCCGGAGCGUUGAGGAGGCGAAUGCGGCCAUUGGAGCUGGAGCGGAUGUUAUUAUGUUGGACAACUUCUCUUCGGAGGGGGUCCGUGAUGCAGCGAAGUUGCUAAAGUCUCAAUGGGCUGGGAAGCGCGCUUUCUUGAUUGAAGUAAGUGGCGGGUUGACGGAGGAGAAUGCUGCGGCUUAUGUUUGUCCCGAUGUGGAUAUUCUCUCAACCAGUUCUAUUCACCAGGGAACUGGGAUUGUGGAUUUCUCUCUGAAGGUUUCGCUGCGGUAG